CAUCCACGACGUCGUCGAAAUGAAGAGUCUCUUGAUGCGAACAGUGAACUGGCAGUUGUAGAUGCCACAGUGAACGAUUCAUUAAUGGAAUCAAAGAAACUAGCAGAUAUGUUCCUGAUGGGUUUCCUCACAAGUCCACUGAUCUGUGCUUCUGCAGCGCCGUGCUGUGAUUUUUUCAUGGUUGAAUUCAACGUUGGAGUUAUCCGAUUCUUAAUAUUUAUCUUCGGUCGCCUGCAUCGUUACAGGCGAUAUGUGAGCAUUGCCUCUCCUGCCGUAUGUACAGCGAAAGCAGAAGAGGACUAUCGGCGCCUUUUCGAUCACUUCCUACACGAUUUGCUGGCUGCUUGGUAUGAGCCAGAAUGGCCGGCUGCCGAUAUGCUUGUGUCGUUGCUUAGCGCUCAUCUGAUGACGAUCACUUACUCGAAGAAUUAUGAUAUGUCUCUGAGGAUAGCCAGCUUGGAUUAUUUGGGAAUUAUAACUGCCGCCCUUCGAAAACAUAUGCAGACUACGGUGUCGGAUGAUGUACGCCUGAGUAUGGUUGUGAAAACGUUAGCAUACGAAGAACUUGACGAAUCGGAGCAAAAUGGCGACAUCAACAACGUUGAUAUUAGCAGUUAUGCAGUAAUGUUCUACGCUGCUGUAUGGUACAAGAGUUUGUGUGAUGAACUGAAACAAAAGAAAUUGGAUUUGAAGAAGGUGCAGAAUGAACCAGGUGUCAGUGAAAAGGAGAAGCGAAGAGCCGAGAAAAAAUUUAGUCUGACGCAAUGGCACUAUUCUGUUGGACAGCGAUGCAUUGUGGCUGGUGAAAUAUUUGGUUCCCAAUUUGCUGAUGAAAUACAAUUAUCUCAGAUUAUUCGCGGUAUACAUGGGGAACCAGCAGUUGGCCUGAGGACGAAGGCGAUGCGUUGUCUCACGAUGAUCAUCGAAACGGAUCAUUCGGUUUUGAAGAUUCAUGAAGUACGCCAGGCGGUGCAAGCGCGAAUGCUGGAUCCGAAUGCGGCAGUUCGUGAAGCAACCAUCGAGCUUAUUGGGAAAUAUUUGAUUGCAAAGCCAGAUUACGUGCCUCAGUACUAUCCGAUAUUAAUUCAACGCAUAAUGGAUAGUGGAGUGGCAGUUCGCAAACGUGUGAUCCGAAUAAUGCGUGAGAUUUGCGAACAAAUUCCGAGCUACGAAAAGGUCCCAGAAAUUUUGGUAGCAGUGAUCGGUCGAAUUAGUGAUGAAGAAGGCGUGAGGAAGCUUGCUGUUGAAACGUUACAGAUAUUGCUGUUUCAACCAGUUCGUGAACGUGAUUGUGCGCAGCUGGUCAAUAAGGUGCUCACGGUGACAAAUGUCAUGCAGAUUUGUGGUGAGAAGAUUCGGUAUUUUGAACAAUUCCUGAAUUUGCUUUAUAAAAAUAAUGACCGCGCUGUUCUGGUUGCAUCUCGACAAAUUGUAGACACUCUUGUCGACAAUGUUCUGUCGCUUGAUUCUAUAAUGGCCUCGGGUAGUAAAGCAGCAACGAAGGGUAGCAAUACCUGUAAAGAAGACGGCGUCACAUCGAGAGAGGCAGUGGAGAAGCAGACGGAGCAUCACAAACAGUUGCUGGCGUGCAUGGACACACUGCUGUUGUUCAGUAAAACAAAGCCAGAGCUGCUCGUAAUAAAUAUUCUGGAGCGAGUAGUGCCCGUGAUGGAUCAUCCGUCGGAAACGUUUUUGAGCGGCGUGGAUCAGAGUCUGUACAAAUUGGUCAAUGACGGCACGGUAUCGGUUGUCUGCCCGUCCAUCUCGUCAUUAUUAAUAAUUGGCUUCGUAUCACGUUACUUUGAUCUGCCAAAUGUGAUGGAUCGAAAUGAUAUGAAACAGUUUACAACAGUCAAUGCAUCACAGCUUCUAACGUCUGCAGCACAUGCCGAUCACGGUGAAUUUGUGGAACUGAUCUUCCAGAUACUCUUCAAAUUCUGUCAAAAUCGUGACGGCGGCGUUCGAUCUAAGGCGCUCGAUGCCAUUGGACAAUUCACAGCUCGAUAUACGCAAUAUUUGACGCGAGAGGAGGUACGUAGAAUGUACAUCAAUUUGCUCCGAACUGAUUUGGAAUCGUAUAGGCGCCUGAAAAAAGCGGCACUCCGAAAUUUGGAAUUGUUUCUAAAUGUGCAAGAAACAAAAAUGGUAAAGGACAACACAGAAUGGCAGUCGACGAAGGAUGAGCACGAUUUGAAGGAAAUGGAGCUAGCGAAUUCGGGACUGGCUUCGGCAAUAAUACAAGUUUAUUGGAGUACUAUCCUGAAUUCGUAUUACACUGACUGCAGUGAUGUGCGAAUGGAUGUUGUCAGGGUUGUGACACUGACGUUAAAGCAAGGUUUGGUGACACCAGGCUCCUCAAUCCCAACUCUGAUUGCUAUGUCAACGGAUCCCGAACCUCGUAUUCGGUCGAGUGUUGAGCGGGCGCUCAGGGAUAUUGAUUCGAAAUAUUCGGGCAUGGUCAUGCAAGGUUUGGUGACACCAGGCUCCUCAAUUCCAACACUGAUUGCUAUGUCAACGGAUCCCGAACCCCGUAUUCGGUCGAGUGUUGAGCGUGCGCUCAGGGAUAUUGAUUCGAAAUAUUCGGGCAUGGUCAUGAGUAAGGCAAUUACCGGCAUACGCCAAGCGUUUCGUUUGCGAAAAAUUCUAAAGAUUGAUGCCAAUAAUAUCGUACGAGGUAUACGUUCUCUUGAACUUUUGCCAACGCCAUCAACUUCGGGAUCUGUAGAAAGUUCGAAAGCGAAAGUUUUUCAUCGCGUUCCGGAAAAGACCGCUAAUGGGCAGGCUAUGCUCUCUGGACUUUAUCAAAAUUUGCGAGGUGUUCGGCAGCAACGGAGAAGCUUCCUCUCAUCUGUUCUUCGACUUUUUUCCGAGGAUUCUCGAGAGAAGCUGACGCUGGAGGAAUGGGUAUAUGUGGCCGAUAAUUUAGCAAUGUUCCCAUAUCAAGUAAUUGAUGAGCCACUGUACGUUAUCCGGCAGAUCGAGUCAAUUGUCUCAGUCAGUGGCCAGAACAUAAUUAACACUUUUAUGGCAAAUUUACUGCCUCGAUCUAGUAAUUCAGAAGUUGCCGAUGAUGAUGAUGUGGAUUUUGAUGCGCAACUCAUCUAUCGUGAGUUUACCAAUCUUUCCGCAAAGUUUAAAAUUUUCGUGAAGAAAAUAUGA